CUCGCCGCCCACUCUUCCCAGACUCUCUCUCCCCCCCUUGCCGCCUUUUCUCUCUAUCUCUCUGUCGGUCUCCAACAUGCUUGUCGCGGACGUCCUUGUCUUGAUUGCCUCUGGCACCGGUUUUGCCCUUUCUACCAUCUGCCUUGCCGGCAGUUUCUACUACCUUUCGCAGCUUGUCGAGGAGCACGCCAGCCUCUCGAAGCACAUCAUGGGUGCCCUGACGGUUCUCGUCGGGCUACUGCAUGCUCUCCUGUGGUAUUACGACGGCUUCCCCCUCUCGCGGACCCUCUUCUCUCUCGGGUGCCUUGUGGCCUACUCGGCCCUCCUCCUGCCGGAGUACCCCUCGGUCAAGUUGACUUCCCCCAAGUUCCUGGUGUCGGUGGCACUGUCCCUGGCCAACUUCCUCUCGUGGCUGGAGCUCUUCAGCGGCCCCUUCCGCGACAUCCUGUCCGCCUCGCACGUGGUGUCCUUCUACUCGGUCUGUGUGUGGCUGGUCCCGCUGUCGUACCUGCUGUCCAUCUCGGUCGAUGAGUACCUCCUCCCCUCUUCCAUGUCGGCCAUGGAGCUCUUCAACCUCGCGGAGUUCUCCGCCGCCUCGGCCACCCGCGAGGCCAUCGAUCGCGAAGUGGCCGCCGAGCUCAAGAACGCCACGCUCCUCUCUCACGACGGGUCUCUGGCCAUCGGCGGGUCUAUCCACUCGGGCAACACCCUCCUCCACGGUCCCACCCCCUCGCGCCUGCUCCCCCUCGGGGCGGUUGUUUCCCAGCUGCUGGCCUCGAUCAAGCCCAGUGCUGGCGCCGCUUCCCCGGCGUCCAGCGCCCGCGCUCCUGUCGACCUCCCGCAGGUUGUCCAGUAAGGGGCCUUGCCUGGCGCUUCCUCAUGCCCCCCCCCCCUCUCUCCCCCUCUCUUUCUCUC